CAACCUCCGAUGGCAACCAUAACCAGACGUCGAUAAUAUAAUUUUUUUCGCUCUCACUCUGAUGAUUCCUUCCCGCACCUCUAGCGCCUUCGUAUGCCUCCGAUGUGAGCUCCAAUACGCACGCGGCAGAGUUCCUCGCACGCACGCGCGCCGACUCCCGCACUCGAAGUUUUCAACGUCUACCAUCCACCGCGAUGCUUUGGAUGAACUCGAUAAGGCCACCCAGGCCCCCUCCGAGGAAAACCACACCGCUGAAUUCUCUGAACACCCGAUUAUUCGCAUAAGAAGGCCCAAAGGACAAGCUGAAGUUCGAGAACGCAUUGCGCGGCUCGGCGGGUUGAAGAGGUUGGGUUCGGAUGCGGAGAUUCUUGUAAUCCGCGGACUGGAGCAGGGCUCGCACCGCUCGGAGGCCGCGCCUAAACCCUCGGAGCCAGAAGAGACGCCUUCAGAAACGGAUGCACCCAGUAUCCUCGCCUCGUUGGCCGCGGAGGGCGCGGUGGGACAAGAUGAAGUUAACCAGCAGCUCGAUAGUUUGCGACCCAAGUCGCAUUGCGCACCGGACGAGCCGAACUACAUUUCUGAAGCCGAGUUCAGGAAGCUGACAAAGGUGCUUGGGGAAGGCUUCACUGUCAAGCAAUUGGAGCGAUACCUUAAAGCUCGAAAAAGAAUGGCCUCUGAAGAGAAACAGGGCGCACAAGAGCUGAACGAGAAUCCAGAGGCAGGGCUUCUGAGCGACCAUCACUGCACCAAGCCCCUCCCGAGAGAUGUCCAGGGGCGGUCUCUCUGGACUCCCGGUACCUCUCCACUAAGUGAACGUCUUCCGAUACACGCCGGGAAACGCAAAAACAUGAAUCACCAUACGAAGAAGCGGCUGCUGGUGGACCGGAUUCUACGCAGCCUGUGGCGAACCGCGCCACUCGAGGAGGUUGAAUCUCCCGGUGAGAUCGAGCUGACGCUGAAACCGUGGCAGAUCCAGCUGUUGAACUUGUCGACUACGGCCGGAGGGAGUGAGUCGGGGACAACAUCCACAGCUCUAGAUCGUAUCGCCAAUCUACGUAAAGCCAGGAUUGAGAUCCCGAAGUCCUUCUCCGGAAUCCGCAUAACAGCGCCCAAAAGUAACGCAGAAUACGCCGCCGACGACAUAGCGGGUCUGUUGAAGAAUUCGGCAAAGGGGUCUUUCAGUCUCAGGGAUUGGUUGACGGGAAAGUUUCUCUCCUCCCGGGAUGGCCUGACGGAAGUAAGGACCAUGUUCCCCAAGGGCAGCUUAGAAACAAUAGAGAGGUUGAGCGGUGUGACUAUCGAGCGACCGAUAAACUCGACUUUGAAUUUGAAUAUUCGCGGCCUAGACAAGAACGCUGUGGAAGAAGCAAAGCGUAGCAUCAUCAGAUUGCUACCCUUGAGGGACUCUCGUACGUGGCACCUGGAGGCAGAUUUAAGAGAAGACGGUACCUUCCUUGCUCCAGUCGCCUUCAGGAACCACCUAGAAUAUCAGCACAGAGAAGUAGACCUUGGCCGUUGGACCGCCCGAAUCAAUAGGCAGGAGAAAGAUGGGAAGCACGAUAUUCAGAAAGCAUCAACAUCAGAUGCCGACAUUCAAGUUCUCCAGAAGAAAGUCUUGGAAGCGAUUGGACGCAAUUUUGAACCACCGCCACUCUUUCAUAGACCGCCCGGCCCGCAAUGGGAACGCUAUCCAACAAAUUCCUUGUCUGCCUCGUUCGGUCACAUCCUCUUUCCCAUCGGCGACACGUUACCCAAUCCCAGGUACUCCGCUCCCGUCUUCUCCUCCUCCAUCCCUGGCACCUCCAAAUUCCUCGCUUCAAUCGAAAACCCUCACUACACCGACAACCUCGAAUACAACUUUGUUCCGUCCCCACAUUCCCGCGACAACAAGCCCCAACGGCCCUUGCUUCGCUAUCCCACCCUCAGUCUCAAGAUCCGCGCCCAACCCGUACCAUCUCUCCGCGGCGUGACGCUAUCAUUCAGAAGACAUGACUACGACAUCCUCCUUCCCGGCCAUGCGACGGACCUGCGCCUCAGUGUCCGUCGAGACAUAAGGCUCCUGUUGCCCUUCGAGGAUCAGAACAUCAGAGCCUUUUAUGACGCCGUGUCCGAGAAUAUCCAGAGCAAAGGCAAAUUGACUGCCCCGGCUACCUUGAGACUCGGCAUCCCUACGUGGACCCUGGGCGCUACCUGGCUGGAGGGCGAAGAGCGGGACGAGGUGGAGGAGGUCACGUAUCUCUUCACGGGUAUCUCCCACCGCCAACAUCUCAACGGUCUCUGGGACGGCUACCGCGUAGCCUACCAUACCUCGCAAGAAGGGACACUGGGGCUGAAUAGCGGGCGAUUGAGUCUCUACUGGGAUCACGAGGCGAGCAGGAGGUCCGGAGGUGACGGCUUGAUGGGUUUUGUCGAGAAGGCGUUUAAGAUGGCGGAUGUGCUGACAGGGUUGGCGGGGGAUACCAUGCCGUUGAGGCAGUCUGUACCGGCUAGGCCGCGGAUGCAGAAGGAGAAUAAGGUGGGCGUGCAAGAGGGGUUGCAGGAGGCGAAGGAGACGGCCCAGAAGGGGUCAGAUAAGCGGGAAUUGGGCGGGAAUGACCUGGCUGAUUCUGCCGAUUCUGCCGCUGAGCUACCUCCCAGUGUUGAGGACGCGAUUCCGGCAGAGGGCGUCGAAGACCCUGUCGGCACGGUUGAGGGACUGGACACUGGACCCCAUGUCACUGCCGAGGACGUCGUGGAAGAUUUGCCCGAGGAAGGCUCUCAGACUGGCAAAGCGGAUUCUGACGAGAGUACUAGCGACAAGUCGGCCUCUGUUCAGUCGUCGUCGACCUGAUUCCGUCUCGACAAUGCUUGCAUUCCCGUGGCGCUGGAGCAUUA